AUGAAUGCCACAAGAAUCAUGGGCAAUGCGAGAAAUUUCUCUCGUCGACAUUUAAUCCCAGAGCUAGAUAUGGAUGUCACAAGGACCAUGGGCAAUGCGAGAAACUUGUCUCGUCGACAGCUAGAUUUGUUUAUGUUUGACCCCGAGAGCCCCAUUGUUUUUCCGAUUGUGCUUCUGAUUUUAGCCAUUCUUGGAUUUCUUGGAAACUUGGUGACAAUCCUAACCAUAAUGAUAAACAGAAAACUCCGCAGCCCGACCUUCGCCGCCAUUGGAUGUCUCGCGUUGGCAGACUUGCUGAACCUCGUAUUUUACUGGUUCUUCUAUAUGACAAAUCUUCCAGUAUAUUUGUAUCACGUGGCCAAAAUAACAGUUAUGCUGAAUGUCGUAUCUUUCAUCCGAACCUUUUUACAUUAUUUGUCGGCCUUUCACAUUCUGCUUUUGUCCGUAUUGCGAUACGGCUUGAUCGUGCAGCCGUUACAAUGUAGAAAUCACGUGACUGUGACGGUGAUUCUGAUGACGUCACUGGUUUUCUGGCUGAUUAGCUGUCUGAUCGCUGCAGCACAACAGAUUUUCCUGGCUGAACUGUACGACAGCACUCGGCGGGACCUGCAUCACUUUCUGGUCAGUCAGUUACAGUACGCUAUAUUGCAGUGUUUAGUGGUUUUCACAGUAAUCGUGCUACAUCAUCUGAAAAUGAAGGUUCUAAGAAAUUCACUACGCAGCCCGGCCUUCGUGAGAUCAAAAAUGAAUCAGGUCAUCACAAUUGUGCUCGCCAUAUUUUCUGUGAAUAGUUUUAUAGCUGUUGUGAUGGUUCUGUUAAUCAUGGGACAACAGUUCUCGCCCUCCUACAGAACCGUGUCACUUCUGUACAAUAUGACUUUGUUUUUUAAUGUUGCCACUAAUCCGUACAUCUAUUUUAUGUCUUUCGUGUUGAUGAAAUACUUGUCAAAAUGUAUCCGCCACCAUUAG